AAUCGACCAAAGUCUUUAAAGGAGGUGGACCACAAUCAGAUUUCUUCUUUGCUUUUGUGGAGCUAUUUCAAGCAAAAUGCUUCGGAAUCCACUCGGAGGGCUUAUCUUCAGUGUUAUUAUGUACUUUAGUUCAUUUUUAGGAGCCAUUUUUAUCAUGGGGCCUUCACUUCCUCUCUUACUUUGGCGGCCGUCAUGGUUUCGGUGGAUCAACGAUCGUGCAAUCGGAUUGUGGCUUGUACUUCCACCCGCUCUCUUAGAAUUGCUGUUUGGAGUKAAAAUUGUUGUUACCGGAGACAAGCCACCAGCUGAUGAUACAGCUCUGAUAAUAAUGAACCAUCGCUCACGCCUUGACUGGAUGUUUUACUGGUGUUUUUUGCAUCGCUAUGGUCAUUUAAAACAUGAAAAAAUUAUACUCAAAGAUGAUUUAAAGAAUAUUCCAGGCGCAGGUUGGGCUAUGCAAAAUGCCAUGUUCAUAUUCCUAAAAAGAAGAUGGGAGCAUGAUGAAGGCUACAUGAAGGCCAUAUUGGACUAUUUCAAUGAAGUGUCUUAUCCACUACAGCUUCUUAUAUUCCCAGAGGGAACAAACUUGGAUAAAGUAACUAAAACUAAAAGUGACAACUUUGCAAAGAAAAACAAUUUGCCGCCAUAUGAAUAUGUUCUUCACCCUCGCAUUCGAGGCUUCACCUUCUGCGUUCAAAACCUUAGACAAGGAAGACUCAAUGCUAUUCAUGAUGUUACUGUUGGCUACGACAUUAAUCACUGCUAUUGGGAAAAAGACUURUUUUUUGGAUAUUUUCCUCGUCAUAUGCAUUUCCACAUACAAAGACACCCAAUUGAAACUCUCCCUAAAGAUGAAGACAGAUUGGGAACGUGGUGCACGAAAAAAUGGGAAGAAAAGGAAGAAAGGUUAAAGGAAUUUUAUACAAAAGGAAAUGGAUUUUGUCCCAGAGAAGAAUUAGCUCAAAAUGAUGGAACUGCUAGAAUGCAACUAAAAUUGGCCCUUGUUUUUUGGGUGUUKUUUAUAAUUCUCGCACUAUUAGGGAUUUAUUAUUCAUUACUAGUGAGGUAUUAUUUUUAUGUGAUGUUGGUGGUGUAUUUUUUCAUUUCAUUUGUAUGCAAAGGAACUGAUAGACUACAACUUUGGUCUCAUAACAAGUUUUCCAAGAGGUCAAAAUAACUUUUUUAUUAUUGCCUAGACUAUAGAAUCAGUUGCAGAUCCAAAACUAUACAAAUGGAAGUGGUUAACUGGACAGUCGGUUUACUGUAGAAAAAAUAAAACUAUAGCAGUAAGGGUGGCAGAUAAACUUCCUUUUUGAUAUACGCUGCUUUUGUUGUUUCCAUCAGGAUGAAUCCCAUUCAGAUUUCAUUUCUUAUUUAUUCAUUCAUAAUUUCUGUUUUUAUAUUUUGUGAGCCUUAGUGGAUAGCCACUCUAAUUACCAGGUUGACCACUACCGUCAGAACAAAGCUUGUGAUUGAUUGAGACAACAAAAACAAAGAAUUGGUGGAUUAUGUCAGACAAUGCCUAUUGUUCUACUGGACAUCUUCGUUGUUUGUAUUGUCCCUCUUUGUUAUUCCAUCCAAUCACAAUCUUUGCCUAAUUACGCUCUCUGGAUCUGCAAACUUUAUACCCAUGAAAACUAAAUUAAUUUAACUAAUUAAAUAGUGCCAACUGGUGCUGACCUAUUUUAUUUCCUUUGUUAUUAAUCUACAUGUAUGUUUGGUAUAGCUACAAUUUUUUUAGUGUUUGUCCUCUAGCAAGUGCUAGUCUUGUCCACAUUUUGUAUAAUGUUUUAGCCUCAACUUGCAUUCAUAAAUCACAAUAUGUAGAUAUAAGCUUAUUUGUUCAUGAUCAAAAUGAAAUUUAGUGUACAUUUGAUGACCCUUUGUGUARUAAAGUUUUUGUAAAACAUGUACUUGUUACAUAAAUGAUUAUUUGUGUCAUACUUAGUUUCGAUACUUAGUUGUUUAGGUUCAAACUAGACAAUGCAAUUUGAAUUUUCUUAAACAAAAUGUGACUUGAAAUGAACAUUUUUUGUGAUCUGUUGUCAAACUAUUGUUAUUAAAUUAUAUUAUAAUCAUU